AUGGGACGACUCGUUGGUUUGGAACUACACAACUUCAAAUCCUAUAAAGGAACUGCCAAAAUAGGAUUUGGAUCCUCCUAUUUUACUUCCAUCAUUGGUCCUAAUGGAGCAGGUAAAUCAAAUAUGAUGGAUGCUAUUUCAUUCGUAUUAGGAGUCAAAUCAUCUCAAUUAAGAUCUCAAAACUUGAAAGAAUUGAUUUAUAGAGGUAGAAAGAUCACUUCAGAUACUUCUGUAACUGAUUUGGAAGAAGAUCCUAUCCGAGCUUAUGUUAUGGCAGUAUAUGAAAAAGAUGAUGGUGAAAUCAUAAAAUUAAAACGUACUAUAUCUUCCAAUGGGAAUAGUGAUUAUAGAAUCAAUGAUCAAUCAGUAACUGCUUUAAACUAUUCUAUGGUAUUAAGAGCUGAAAAUAUCUUAAUCAAAGCUAGAAAUUUCUUAGUAUUCCAAGGUGAUGUAGAACAAAUUGCAUCUCAAUCCGCCAAAGAUUUAACUAAAUUAAUUGAAACCAUUAGUGGUUCAAUCGAUUUCGUUAAAGAAUAUGAAGAAUUAAAAGAUGAACAUGAAAAGGCUCAUGAAUUUUCUAAUUCCGUGUUUUCAAGAAAGAGAAAUUUAAAUUCAGAAUCAAAACAAUAUAAAGUUCAAUUGGCUGAACAAGAAGAAUUUGAAGAGAAAUUAAUUAAAAAGACUGAAACUAUAAAGAAAAUAAAUUUAUACAAGAUAUAUCAUAAUGAAAAGAAACAUUUUCAAAUGUUAGAAGAUAUUGAAACCAAGAGUCAAGAAUUACAACAAUUAAAAAAAAGAUUAAGUUCAGAACAAAAAUUAUUUUCUAAAGCUGCUGCUGAUCAUUCUAAACAAGUUUUGGAACAAAAGUCUCAUAUUAAAAAGAUAGAUAAAUUAACUACCGACUUAGAUAAAACCAAACGUGAUUUAAUCCCUAUUGAAGCCGGUAAAAGAUCAUCUACCAUCAAAAUUAAUGCAUUAAAGUCUAAAAUUACCGAUUUACAAAUCGAUUUGAAACGUCAAAAACAUCAAGUAAGUUCUAAUGAAAGACAACUUAGAGAAGCUAAACGACUCUUUAAUGAAUUCCAAGAUAAGAUUUUAGCAUCCGUUCAAUCAUCUGUAUCGGCUGAUGGUCAAAAAGAAUACGAAACUUUAAGAACUGAUUUUCUUGCUAAAGAUGGGUCAAGAUUAGAAGAAGAAAUCUCUCUUUUAUUAAAUGAUAAAGAAUCAUAUUUAGCCACUAUUGCCAAUUUAGGGAGUCAAAAGUCAAAUUCCAUUAGUAGAAUUGCGGAAUUAGAAUCUAGUAUCAAUACCGAAUUAAGAUCAAGACUUGCUGAUAUAAAUCAAGAAAUUAAUGAAACCUUAGCUCUCAAACAAGAAAAGUCAGAUGCUAGAACUAAGCUCAUCCAAGCUAAAGAUGAAUAUAAAUAUGAAGAAUUACAAUUGAAUACUCAAUUAAGAGAUGUAUUAUUAAAAUUAGAUGAAUUAUCAUCUCAACAAAGAGAAUCAAAUAAACAAAAGAAAUUAAGAGAAAAUGUUUCAACCCUAAAGAGAUUAUUUCCUCAAGGUGCCAUCAAGGGUAUUUUAUAUGAAUUAGUCCAUCCUUCUCAACACCGAUAUGAAUUAGCCUUACUGACUGUUCUUGGCCGAAAUUUCGAUAGUGUGGUGGUUGAAACGCAAGCGGUUGCUUAUAAAUGUAUUGAAAUAUUAAAGGAAAGAAGAUUAGGAGUUAUUAGUUUUAUUCCUUUAGAUUCUAUUAUGAAUGAUACGAUUAAUUUGAAUUAUUUAAGAAGUAUUAAUCAAAAUGCUCAACCUGCAAUUGAUAUUGUUGAAUAUGAUGAUAAACUGUUGGAACAAGCUAUAAAUUAUGUUAUGGGUGAUGCUAUUGUUGUUGAUACUAUAAGUAACGCCCGUAAUUUAAGAUGGUCUUCAUCUCGAUCAUUUGAUAAUAAGAUAGUUACGUUGGAUGGAUCAGUUAUUCACAAAUCGGGUUUGAUGACUGGUGGUCAACAACAAAAGAAAUCUCAAGCCAGUCUUUCAUGGGAUAAGAAUGAAUUUAAUAGUUUGACAUUAUUAAAGGAAGAUUUGGUGGAUAAAUUAACCAAAUUACAUGAUAGUUCACCUAAAGAUUUAGAAAUCAAUCUUUUGGCAGAAGAAAUCAGUCAUUUGGAUGAUAAGAUGCCAGUGUUAAGAAAUCAAAAAUUAAAUGUCGAAAGAAUGAUAAAAGAUAGAGAAUCCGAUAUAGAAUUUCAAAAGAAACAAUGUGAAAGUUUUGAUUCAACUAUUAAUUUCAAACAAAAUCAAAUUGAAGAAACGGAUACUGAAAUAAAGAAUAUUCAAUUGGAAAUGAGAUCUUUACAAAAUGAAAUUUAUGCUGAUUUCUGUCAAAGAUAUGGAUUCAAGAAUGGUAUUGAAGAUUAUGAAAAUUUACAUGGUUCAACAUUAAGAAUUAGAGCCAAGGAAAGAGCUCAAUUUACUCAAUCCAUAACAACCUUGACGAACAAAUUAAACUUUGAAAAUGAAAGAGUUAAACAAACUGAAAGUAGAAUCAAACUGUUACAAGACCAACUAUCAACUUCUGAUGAUAGAUUGGAACAAAUUAUAAGCGAUAAGAAUGAACUUGAAGACAAAGUUGAUAAACUUGAAGCUGAACUUGAAGUUUUAAAAUCCGAAAAUGAAGUAUAUUUCAAUACUGUUCAAUCUCUGUCAAAAUAUUCAAGAUCUUUGGAAACUACCAUAAGUGAUUUCGAAAGUCAAAUCAAUAGUAUUAAUAAAUCAAUUGCAGAUUUAGAAGAACAAUUAUUGAAGAUAGAUACUGAAAGAUCCAAUAUUCUUAAGAACUGUAAGAUUGAAAGUAUUAACAUUCCUUUGAAGGAUGGUUUAUUAGAAUCAAUACCAAUGGGUGAAACUAUUGAAAGCUUUGUGAAGGAAGUAUAUGAUAUUGAGAUUGAUUAUUCACUUUUGAAACCAAAAUAUAAAGAAGCAUUCAGUUCGAAAAUCGAGGCUGAAUUGGAAGUAGAACUUCAAAAUACUAUUGAACAACUUGAAAAGCUUUCCCCUAAUUUAAAAGCCGUGGAGAGAUUGAAAGAAAUAGAAUUGAAGCUUAGAACUUAUGAUAAAGAUUAUACUAUUGCUAGACAGAAAGAAAAUAAAGUGUUUGAGAAAUUCCAAGAAGUCAGAAAUAAAAGAUAUGAUGUUUUCACCAAUGCAUUCAAUCAUAUAUCAGGAGAAAUUGAUGGUAUUUAUAAAGAGCUUACUAAAUCACGUACAUCUCCAGUUGGUGGUUCAGCAUAUUUGACUUUAGAAGAUGAAGAAGAACCUUAUAAUUCGGGUAUUAAAUAUCAUGCUAUGCCUCCAAUGAAGAGAUUCAGAGAUAUGGAAUUUUUAUCAGGUGGUGAAAAGACCAUGGCUGCUCUUGCUUUGUUGUUUGCCAUUCAUUCAUACCAACCUUCUCCAUUCUUUGUCCUUGACGAAAUUGAUGCUGCUCUUGACAAUUCCAACGUCAGCAAGAUUGCUAAUUAUAUAAGGAAAUAUGCUGGUCCAAACUUCCAAUUUAUUGUUAUUUCGUUGAAGAAUUCCUUAUUUGAAAGAUCUGAUGCUUUGGUGGGUAUAUAUAGAGAACAAAGAUUAAACAGUUCUAAGACUGUUACCUUAGACUUAUCAGAGUAUUCAGAAAGUGUUCCAGUAAGUUAG